AGAAGAUGUGAGGAAGACAAGGGGGUGAAAAAGUGAAAUAGAGGGAAUGAAAUGAAAGUCAGAGAUAUAGUUGAGAGGGUGGGCAGAAAGAUGUGUCUGAUCUUUAGGGGACUGGGUUGUAUGAAUAAUCACUGAGAUAUUGACACUGUGUCUUCAUCCCCCCUCCCUACCAUUUUCUGUCGUCCAUCGCCCUGACCACCCUCAGCUCGUUUCUAUCUUUUCUAAUCCCACGUCCACUUUGUGUCCUGGCUUCCUUCUACUUCUCCCUUCUUCCUGUCCUGAUUUUUUUAAAUAUGCUUUACAGUAUUACAUUAUCAUUAACAUCAGCUGUAAUUAACUAUCAUUAUAGACAUUUGCUAAUGUUUCUUUUCACUAGGCCAUCAUCCCUCUCUGCUCACUUAAAUCUCUUGUGACUGUAUAAAUUAAUUAAAUAAAUGUAAACAAACAGAGCUAUAAGCUAUUAGCAUUAAGCUAUAGCAAACAUUUUCAAGGAACUUCUUUACGUUCAUCCUGUUUAGCAUUGUCAAGCAUUUAGUCAUUCAGUGCAUCAACUUUAAUCACUUAUUCAGUCCAGAUGCACUGAAUAAAGGCUUGUUAAAUGUGAUCUCAUUAAAACGGUAACACUAGAUCGGUGCACUGUUCCUUUAAAUGGAGGGAGAGGAUGGCGAGUGGAGGGAGGAGGAGACAGGGAGAGAGAGAAGGAGAGAGGGAGCGAGAGAGAGAGGGAGAUGUAGUAGAAAAAGGGGGGUUGUUGUGCUUUGUCUUUGUCUUGGAGAGGUGUGUGGGUUGAGCGUAAUUUGACUGAAAGAAAGAAAAAAAAGAAAGAAAGACUUCAAAGGAAAUCACUGAAAAGAGCUGCACAUCUUUCAAGGAUUUUUUUUCUGAAGAUAUUCAAACAAUUUUAAGGAGGAACUGUCACUGAUUCAACCCUCCUAAAGAACUUGUUGGACAUGGAAACAAAUGGCUGAUAUCACUGACCUCUGACGAGACAGUGUGGUCACUUUUAAGGGAUUUUAAAUGAGGAUAAGUCAACAGUCUUGAUGAGAUUCCUCCAAGAAAAAUUCUUGCUUUACUUCAGACUUGUUUCUUGGUGGGACUUGAACAGCUGUGAGGUGACUUUGAAACGCAUUUCAGAAUCUAUCAGAGAAAUUACUGGAGAUAACUGAUCUCCAGGGAAGACUGAAAGUCCGUUGAAUAUUGCUGAAAAGCUUUUAGGCAGGAGGAUAUUCCUCGAAUAAGCCUGAAGGUUUUUUAAGUUGACUUUGGCAAAAUAUUGCAGAAUUGAAUUAAACAUUUCAGAUUAUUCUAUUGACAUUUGUUUGGUUUUUUUUGUUUUUUUUUACCAAUUUACCAUAGAUUUACGCUACUUUUAGACAACUUGUUUAUCUUGUUAUUCAUAGUGAAUGUGACUUGUGAGCCAACUGUUGAGAUGUCCUGCUGAAUAUUUGGUCUAAAUCUCAAAGGAUACAAUCAAUCAAUAUAGAUUUUUUUUACCUGUUUAUCACCAACUAUUUAGUCUUAAGACAUAAACCAGAAAGAGGAAAAGACAGAAAGAGAGAUGGCACAGAAAGAAGGUGGAACAGAGCAGGGGCGUGUUAAGACCGGAGACAAUCUUGGGGCCAAAGCCAUGGCCGGGGCCCCUACAGCAGGUGGAGGAGUGGUGGUGGAGGUCAGGGAGAAGAAGGGACCUCUGCGGGCUGCGAUACCCACAAUGCCUUUCCCUCUGGCUGUCAUCUGUCUGUUUCUGAACACCUUCAUACCCGGACUCGGUACCUUCAUCUCAGCGUUCACAGUGCUGUGUGGAGCUCGCAGUGAGCUGAUCUCAGAGCGAGGUGUUUGUUGUGUGUUCUGGCUCAACGUGGCAGCAGCCCUCAUCCAGAUACUGACAGCUGUUAUCAUGGUUGGAUGGAUCAUGAGCAUCUUCUGGGGAAUGGACAUGGUCAUCCUGGCAAUUUCUGAUGGCUAUAGAGACCAGGGUCUUCCUCAGGACGUCUGAGAGAGGUCGCUCCCAUGUUUGCUGAUUGUUCACACCUGAUGGUGACCUUUACCUUUAUGACCUGUAGCUGUCUUUCAAAUGACAGAGACAUGAAAAUAAAUUAGCUACAUGGAGAAAGAAAGAAUCAGCUGACUGCUCUGUGAGAAAACCACGGAUUGCACGCUGCUGAUUGGUUGAGACCAGGCCACGUAUACAUUUGAAGUUAAAGGAACCGGAUGGGCAAAAAGAGACAAAAACUGUACAGUCACAAGAAAUACAACAGAUAAAAAAAAACCCCAAUGUGUUUGUAUUUUGUUGAGUAAUCAUAACAGUGAUUUUUGAAUUCUGAAUUUUGAUAUUUUUUAUUUGAUCCACUUGACAAAAACCAUAAAUCUGUAAAAACAUGUUUCCUACAUGACAGGAUGGAGUAUUGGCAUGACGGUGUGAGAAAAUUAAGAUAUUGAUUUGCAAACUUUAUUUCUGUAUUUUUGGCUUGUGAAUUUUGCCAGCCAAAUGAAAAAACAAACAAGCAAAAAAACCUUCAGCAAAUGCUGUAUAUAAUAUUGUUGCUGUAAAAGGUGUAUUCAACUCAAUGAUGCAUUAGAUGUUUUUGGGUUCAUAACAGUGUAACCAGAGUUUCCACUGCCCCUGAAUUGGCUGCCUGGUGCAGCUGCAGUUUAUUUCAGUGUUUGAUGUCAAUGGAUUUAUUGUCACAUGGUCUGUUUCAAAGACCGACUUUAGCGUUAACCUCUAGUGUGCUUUAGUGGCCUUUGCAUUGUGAUACUGACGCCACAUCGCUGCUCUGAAAAGGUACAAUAUGUUUAACUUUCAGUGUUCAGAAUUUUCACAAUAAAACAUGUUCCACCUUCUCUAAAUUCUUCGGAAAAAUUGGGUUUACUCAUAAAACAGCCAGUACUGUAAAGUAAGAUUCACAUUAAACAAAAUCAUGGUGACUUGCCACUAAACCUGACAAUCACUGAGCAUAGAAUCAGCAGUUAUUCAAGCAACGACAGUGGAGCAAAUGUGUCUUCCACUGGAACGUGUGAUCAAACUAUAAAUGGCUCUGAUACUUGAUGUUCAGUAGGUACAGAUUCAGGUAUAGUACUUUUCUGACAAUGUUUUACUGUAAUGGCAAACACAUCUUUAACACACUGUAUCUCACUGCUGGUCACAAGAUGUCUGUCACCCUAAAAUUACAGGGCUGUGUUGAAAAUGACUCAUGCCUCCUGAUAAUUAUUUGAUUUAAAUUUUCCACACCUCUUAAAUGUGUAAAUCAGUGUCAAAGGGAUAUUACACAAUAUUAGAACAUUAUAUCUAAUUAACAGUUCUCAAAAUAGCAGCUCUUAAUAUUGGCCACUCUGGGGAACCAUAGAUACAAAGAUACAGCUAUAGUAAUGUCAUUUAAGUUUGUGAAUGGGGUCCUGAACAGCUAUUCUUGACUUCCAUUGUAAGUCAAACAUUCCCAUGAGCAGUCCAAAACACCAGCAGAGAUUAAUAUUAAAAUCUGAACAUUUUUAGGUUGUUGAAUUCACUGUUUUGUGUGUACAUUGUGUGUACAUUAAUGUGUGGGUUAUAACGUGCAAUAUUGGAAAUGGAGAUUGGAGAAUAUAUGGUAUAACUAUGUGGGAGGGUCUGCAGGGCAUAAGUAAAGAUAGACAAUUCUAUCAUGUACAAAACUCAAAAGUUUGAAUAUUUAACACAACUGCCUUGGAAGUGUGGAUGUAAACAAAGCCUUUCCCAUGACAUCACAUCAGCUUCCUCAUGCACUGUAUCAUUGGCUCACUUCCCUGAAACAUAUCCAAGAGUAUCAAAAGUCAAAGAGCCUUAAACAAAAAGAAUUAAACCAUCCAGCCUUAGCCCCAGCACUAAUGGAAAGUGGUGCACUUGAAAACACUGCGAGUGCGUUUGCAGCAAAUGAGUGCUUGGCUCAGUUACUGCUGAACAAAUUGAAUGGGUUCCAACUAAUUUGACAAAAUGCUUCUUACAGUACACCUGAAAAACAGAAAUGCAGAUUAUUACCUCUCUCAUAAUAUGGGACAAAUUCAGCAAAUGUCAUGCAGCAUUUCUGGAAAUGUUUUUAUUUAUGGUGAAAUCCCAGUAUUAGUUGUGCCACUACAGAAAUUCAUGUGCAUAAUUCAAGAUGUGAUUUUACCCUCUUCUUCUUUUGAUUUUCUACUGGUGACGUAUUGCUUAGAUUUUUUUUUUAAUUAUCCCUGUAAGUUUUGGUUAUCUUCAUUAUCUUAGCCAGUUGCCUUCAUAAAGAGUACUACUGUACUGUGGAUGACAACAACAAUGUUUCUAUGUUUUGACUGUGUAUAUGUUUUAUAGCAUUUGUAUGUGUGUAAGACAGAUGAUGAUGAUGGUGAUGAUGUAUUAUGCCUCACUAAUGACCAGUGUUCUCCCAUAAGUGUUUUUGUAGCAGUGGUGCUGGAGUAUAUUUGCUUUGUUUGGGUUUGGGUGUAAUUUAUAGAUCUGAAAUAAUUGUUAUUUGGACUAUUUAUUAACUUUCACCCCUAAACACUGAUUCUGCUUUAUGUUUCAGGAGGAAUAUUGACUAAUUGUAAUGUGUGUUUUUUUUUUAUGAUGGUGGUGUUGUGCUAGCUUUUGUGAUACAUACUGCUUUGUACAGUUUUCUGCAUGCAUAGCAUUGGUGUGAAGUCACUGUAUAGAGUAACACGCACACACAGACUAACAUUACUAUUUUAAAAUGGUAGCGUAGUUCUGUGACUUUGCAUUUAUUUUGAGCUGUUUGAGGUGACAAAAUCUUGCAAUUAAAAAAGUUUUGGUUCUAAUUACUGAAUAA